AUGGCUUCUGUAUGUGCAGCACCGCAGUGCGGUAAAGAAACAAACUCUAUGUUGAAAUGUCCUGUGUGUUUACAAGCAGGUGUUUCCAGUGUGUUUUGCGAUCAAAAUUGUUUCCGUUCUAGUUACUCGAUUCAUAAAGCAAUCCAUAAAUCAGAUGACGGAGAAGAAACUUAUAUUCCCUUUCCCAACUUUUCAUAUACUGGCGACUUAAGACCUCAUUAUCCAUUGAGCCCAAGAAGGGCUAUUCCUAAGCAUAUUAAAUUACCCGAUUAUGCCCAACAUGGGAAACCAAUCAGUGAAAUUAAAAAUGAUCGUGUUGGUAAAAUACCCGCCUUGACCCCGAAGGAGAUUACCAAGAUCCAGAAAGUCAGUAAAGUAGCUAGAGAAAUCUUGGAUAUAACUGCAAGCCAUAUAAGACCAGGGAUUACCACUGAUGAAUUGGAUGAGAUUUUACACAGGGAAUGUAUCAAGAGAAAUGCCUACCCCUCGCCUUUGAACUAUUACAAUUUCCCCAAAUCAUUGUGCACUUCAGUCAAUGAAGUUAUUUGUCAUGGUAUACCUGACAAGACUAAGUUGAAGGAUGGCGAUAUUAUUAAUUUGGAUGUUACGAUAUAUUACAUGGGAUUUCAUUCUGAUUUGAAUGAAACUUACUAUGUUGGUGAUAGAGCCAAGAGUGACCCUGAUACUGUGCGUUUAGUUGAAACUACCAGGGAAUGUCUUGAUUUAGCAAUUCAAGCAGUCAAACCAGGUGUUGCGUUUAGGGAAUUGGGAAACAUUAUCGAAAAGCACGCAUCAGAAAACAACUGCUCAGUAGUACGUACCUAUUGUGGCCAUGGGUGUGGUACAUUGUUUCAUUGUCAACCAAACAUUCCUCACUAUGCCAAGAAUAAAGCUAUUGGAAUUAUCAAACCGGGUCAAGUUUUUACGAUCGAGCCUAUGCUUAACUUGGGCACUUAUAAAGAUUGUACUUGGCCUGAUAAAUGGACAUCAACUACACAGGAUGGAAAGAGGUCGGCACAAUUCGAACAGAUGUUGUUGGUUACUGAAGAUGGGGUUGAAGUAUUGACAGCCAGAAAUGAAAACUCUCCAGGCGGACCAAUUCCAAGAAUUUAG